UCGAGGCGAUGUCGUUCUUUGUGGACAUUGUCACCGAGGAUUCGUUCUACGAGAAUCUAACACUCGGUGUGGUUAAGAUCCUCGAAAGUUCGCCGUGCGUGAAAAACGUGCGAAUCGAGAGGCGAAACGGCUGCGAACCCGGCGCUAUUACCAGUUGGGAGCAACGUCAUUGCUGCGCGCUCCCCGAGGACAUCCGCAAUUUCUAUGCCUCCAUCGACGGCUUCCUGUUGCAGUGGAAUCUUGAGAUAGCGGGCGAGGAAUUCUCGAUAGGUCGCAUGGAGAUCGGCGGUCUCUCGUCGCUGAAGAGGUACGUCGGCAAGGAUCGACAGGCGGGAUCGUCGUCGCAGGACUCAUCGGCGAUCCAAACGGAAAAUGUCGGCGCGGAAUCGCAAGACGGCGCAAACGCCAUGUUCUCCGUGGAUUCGCGCGACUGCAAGCUCUUUGAGAUCGGCCAGUGCUUUCCGGGAUCCGAAAACGGCAGGAUCUAUUUGGCGUAUCGCUCCAAGCAAGAGCCGGACUCGCCCGGUAUCGGGCUCCAUCGGGACGGCGGCUGGUAUCAUCUGGCCGACAAUUUCACCGUGUAUUUCCGCAUGAUGCUGGCUCACUUGGGCUUGCCGCUGUGGCAAUACUGCGUCGCCGGACUGCCGCUGCCUACCUGGGUCGAGCAAGCGUAUUUUCUAGUCGGACCUCAUCUACUGCCUUCCACCGCCGAGCUCACCGAAACCGUGUCCACCUCAUUGUGGAACAAUGGACCCAUCAAUAUCCUCGACCCGGCUAUCUUCAAGGCCAAGGAUGGCAAGCAGAGAAACGCUCGCAAGAAGUGAAUUUGUGGCAGUGAUGUGAUGUUUGAAUUUUUUUACAAAAGUAGAUUUCUGCUCAAAAUCAAGUUCCUUAUCGUAAAGUCAAUGUUUGGCUUUUACAAAGCCGGAGAAUUCCACAUUAUAUAGAACACUCUUCGCCCAGUACUUUAUUGCUGAGUGAGUAUGAUUA